AAUCGAACCAAUAUGCUUAAACAUGAAAAUGAAAAUUAGAACCGGAUGCCUUUGCCAGCUCAGAGUAAAUACGACGCCGUGGACGUUAGCGGCGGCCCCGGGUGUCUAGGGCGGAUAGGAAGGGGGUUUAGCAUUUUUGCAGAGCGAUAAGCAAGGGUUCUAGGUAACGAGGAAGAUGAAGCCGGUGGUCGGAACGGUAGUGUCGAAUAAGAUGCAGAAGUCGGUAGUGGUGGCCGUUGACCGCCUCUUCCACAACAAGACGUACAAUCGCUAUAUCAAGCGCACCUCCAAGUUCAUGGCUCACGAUGAGAACAACGAGUGCAACAUCGGCGAUCGGGUCAAACUGGAUCCUUCUAGACCACUGAGCAAGCAUAAGAAUUGGAUUGUUGGGGAAAUUUUGAAGAGAGCGAGAAUUUAUGUGCCCCCAUCUGCAGCAGAAGCCUUGGCAGAGGCUAACACAAAGAUUGAAGUAUCUGCUAGUGUUGUUUCAAAGAGAAAACCAGCUCCAUCGUCAACCUAAUGAGGUAUACAGUAGAUGCAUGCACGUGGCAUCAUCCAGAGAGCCGCACCUUUGCACCAAAGAUUGGAAGAUUCAAAGAGAUAUCUUCUUUUGUGCAUGACUAUAAAGUCCCAAAGUUAAAUUCCUCCACUAGAAAUGGAUUAUAUAUUUGAAUUUGAAGUAGUUGCAAUAAUAUUCAGUGGAUAUUACACAUCUUUUUGGUUCCCAUAACUACUUUGUAUUGUGUUCAAAUAUGCAUCCAUAAGCUUUGUGGUAGAGUUACUUUAUCUUUGGAUGUUUUUGUGAAAGUACAAAAUGAGAGUAUUAGGAACGGGGGAAUGUCAUGGAGUAAUUUAGGUUUGGUAUAUAUACAGAAAACUUUUGAGGUUGAAAUCAUGAAACUUGUGCUAAAAUGUUUCUGGGUAUUUGAAAUACCUCCAGC